CUGGUCAUGUCGCAAAGCAGUUGUUAAGUGAGAAAUAUACUGCACUUGCUGAGGGAAACCCAAACAGGGAUAUCAUGAGUUUGCUGGUGAAAGCCAACGUCUCCGAAAAUCCACAUACACGACUUAACGAUGAAGAGCUGUUUGCUCAGAUGAAUUCUAUCAUGUUUGCGGGCCACGAAACGACUGCCAAUACACUUUCCUGGACGCUUCUCGAACUCUCGAGACAUCCUGAAGUUCAAGACCGGCUAAGGGCUGAGAUUAGGAAGAAAGAAACGGAGGUGCUUCGAAUCCACCCCAUCGUUUACAAUAUUUCUAGAGUCGCAACUCAGGACAAUGUGCUGCCUUUGAGCAAGCCCGUGGUCUUGACGACAGGAAAAGUGGUUCAAGAGAUAGCCAUACCCAAGGGGACAUCCAUCAUCGCAUCGAUUGCCGGCUAUAAUAGGAACAAGGAUGUGUGGGGAGAAGAUGCACAUGUUUUUGAUCCCGCGCGCUGGUUCCGAGGAAAUAUGAGUAAGGACGUGCCAGUUGGCGUCUAUGGGAACUUGUUUAGCUUUGGUGGAGGACUUAGGUCUUGUAUUGGCUGGCGAUUUGCUGUCCUCGAACUCCAUGCAUUUAUUAUCGAAGUUGUCAAUAACUUUGAGUUUUCGUUGACUAAGGAAUCUGAGUGCAUUCGGAGAGAAGCCUGUUUUAUAAUGGCGCCGACUGUGGAGGGGGAGGUGGAUAAAGGUUCUCAACUGCCGUUAAGAGUAGCGGUAGCCUCUCGUGACUGAAUCUUGAAAUGUAUAUAUAAUCUGCUGCUGAAAGGUUUGUGUGUGUGUUCGUGAUCAUGCUCUUGAUUUUUUUUUUGCGAAGAUGUAGAGACACUAGCUCCUGGCGGCCCGUUGCCGGUGGUCAUUGUGGAGACAGGGUCAGUGGUAAACAAGAACCACACCAGUUGAAUAAGGAAUUCGAACGGGUUCGGAGCGUGCGCCUGGUGAACCUAGAGUCGAAGACAAGUUGAGGGGGAAACUUGAGAAAGGAGCACAGCCGCCGUUGAAAGUAUCGAUAGCCCUACGUCUUCAGUCAUCCGCAGAACUCACUCGAGCGCAAUGAUACCCGCG